UCAACUGACCUUCAAACCCAUCCCGAUAACAAACUGCAAACACAGAAACAUCCAAUUAAGCAUUACAAUCCUGAAAAUGUUUUUGUUGUGUACAGUCUUUUUAGCAACAAUCCUUAACUUCAACAACUGUAAUUGUCUUCUUCCGGUUACCACUUGCGGUACCACUAUAUACACAAAAACGGGAACUUUCUCUCCACCCACAUUUUAUAAACCCAACAACAGCAACCCCGAAACUUGCAAAUGGCGCAUUCUCACAUCUCCGGAUGAAAAAAUCACCCUCAACAUAACACAACUCGACAUCAAAAAGACACCCAGUUGCAUUUCGGGGUAUGUUGAAGUACGAGAUGGCCUCUGGGAGGAUUCUCCUCUUCUUGGAAAAUUCUGUGGACGGGGUACUCUAGAUUCCGUUACCUCCACGAAAAACAAAAUGUUAAUUUCGUACGUACACAAAGCGGGUUAUAGAGGUUUUUUCGCAAACUAUGAAGCUACCUGUGGGGGAGAAGUGUACGUGCGAAAUGAGUUUGUUUUGCACUCGAGCCACCCUCAGGAAAAGUACCCCCUUAACAGAAAGUGCGUUUGGAAAGUAAUAGUACCGGACUUCCACCAAGUGGUACUGAGCUUCCAGAAAUUCAAAAUAGAACACCACGAUCAGUGUUUGUUUGAUUAUGUGGAGGUUGACGAUUCGAAUGGUACUUCUCGUGGGAGGUUUUGUGGGGACGUACUUCCAGGUAAUGUUACUUCGUCUUCGAACAACCUUACGAUUAAAUUGGUGUCAGAUGCCUCUGUUCAAAAGGAAGGUUUUUCUGUUUUUAUUAUGGCGGAGUUUGAUGAAUGCACAACUCUGCUGCACGACUGUGCCCAAGAGUGCAUUAAUACCAUUGGUACAUACAAAUGUGCCUGUAGAAAAGGAUACGAAUUACACCCUGACGGGAAAAACUGUGAAGUUGCCUGUGGUGGUCCUCUUAAAGCACUGAAAGGUGUGAUUCAAUCGCCAUCUUUUCCUAAUAAAUACCCCCCAAAUAAACGCUGUAGUUGGGAAAUUGUUGCUCGUGUCGACCGUGUCGUACUUUUCAAUUUCACUCAUUUUGAUAUAGAAGGACACAAUAGGACACACUCGAUUAAAGAAAGGUGCGAAAAGGACAGGCUGGAAUUUUUUGGCGAAAGUGAAAAUGUAACAAAACACUUAGGUACUUACUGUGGGAGUAGACUACCAGUUCCGCUUAUAUCUGAAAGUACCAGGACGAAGAUUGUCUUUUUUUCGGAUAAUACUAUUGAAAGAAAAGGGUUUGCUUUAGAAUAUUUCAUAAUUAGAGAUAAAUGUGACAAGUUUAAAGGUAACUGUCACCACGGGUGUGUUAAUGUGGUUACAGGUCGUAAGUGUCUUUGUCCAGAAAUGUACGUUACCAUGGAUUCCGUCAACUGUAGAAAAGGCUGUCAUUACGAAAUUUCUUCUACUUCAGGAACAAUUUUUAGUCCUAAUUAUCCCGGCAGCUACUACAAUAAUGCAAACUGCACUUGGAAAUUUAAAACUACACCAGGCCAUAGAAUACAAAUCAGUUUUCUUGAUGUACAAACUGAAAACUGUCACGAUUACAUUAAUGUUUAUGAUGAUUAUUCAUCAAGUGUGCGCAUUUUGGGAAAACUUUGUGGUACUAGAACAGGCAUCACUGGAUUGUCCACGAAAAAUGAACUAUAUGUCAAUUUUAUAUCAGACGGUUCGAAUGUUUAUCAAGGUUUCAAAGCGACAUAUUCGUCUCUAUGUGGUGUUCGUCUCUAUGUGGUGGUACUCUGACCGCUACCAUCACCGAAAAUUAUAUCUAUUCUCACGAUACGUAUCGUCUUUCGAAUUACUACAACAAUACUGACUGUGUUUGGACUAUAAAGGCAAAUUCCGGGUAUUACGUAAAUCUGUCAGUUGAAGUUCUCGAAAUUGAAGGUGUUUCUGAUUGUUCUCUCGAUUUUAUGGAAAUUCGAGAGGGUCAUAUUUCACGUGGAAAAUACUGUGGUGUUAACAAACCUGAUGAAGAAUUGCUAUCGAGUAGUAAUUUUACGGUAACAUUUCACACAGAUUAUCUUAGAGAAGCAAGAGGUUUUCGACUAAUGUAUAAAGCCGUACGAGUUGAAGAAGUUCGUGUUAAUUAAUUGCCCGCUUUUUGUUACAAGUUUAUUUGAAUAAAGUUAUUCAUUCAUA